UCACCUGCCUGUUUUAAUGUGCUAGAUAGUGGUCGUUAGAGAACAGUGAUCUCUUCGCGCAGAAGAACAAAAUAUGAGCUGAAAUACCAACUGACGCUGACACAGAUAAAUCGCCUUAAUAUCGGAGCUGCCUCUAGAUUUUCAUAUACGUCGAUCUGUCUACUCAUCUUUGUUAGCGACGAUGGCGAUCAGGAUGGCCAAAUUCAAACUCUUCUACUGCGCACUGCUGAGCAUCCUCUGUUUGGAUGCAGCCGAGGGGACCCCAGACGACAUCAAGGACCUCCGUGUAAAUUCAGAAUUUUGCAAAAUCACCCGCUCUGUCCUCUUCUGCGACUUCGACUGGAAACUUGAGUCUGUUUCCCUGAGUGAUUACCCAACGUGCACCGCAGACGCGAAAUGCGAGGCCAUCAUCCUCCAGCGAGUGCACAAGAUCCACUUCGACACCAGCGUCUGCGUCGACCUCACCCUGAAACACGUCUCGAAGGUCGACCUUCAAGGGAAAGCUAGCAGCGACUGCUCGAACAUGGGCCUCAGCAUCCAGAACGUCACGCUCGACUUCCUAAAGGACGGGAUGACCUCCGUGUACGCUGACGAGUCCCGCAUCAAGGAGCUGAGCCUCAGCACCAGAGCGGGGCAACUGACGGUCAUCGGGUCGCAGGUGGACGUCCUCAGCGCUCCGGACGUCCCGGGGUACGACGCGUCCCUGAAGAUCCACAGCAGCAAAAUCAAGGACUUCAAGAGGCUGCGGAUAUCUGGGAAAGGGCGGUUGCAUCUCCUCGACUCCACUGUGGAGGAUUUCCCGCCCAAUUCCCUGGUCUUAGAUUCCAGUAAAGGGAAUCUGGUGAGUGGGGUGACUUUUACGAAGUACAACGAAGAAUCUGCAGCCAGUAUCCAACUCAGCAACGGCUCGGAAAUCACUCUCGAGGAGAUUAAAGGUGCGGUUAAGAUAUCCUCACCCACAUGCCCAUCCAUUUCACUCUCCUCGACUCAAAUGCCCCCACCCACAGAAGCAGUUGAUGACCUUCACAAAAUACAGGAGGAUGAACGGAAUGGAAAUCCUCUGGAACGCCCAGAAGGGUGUUCCAGUUAUUACUGGAUGGUGACUGCCAUUGCUUUAUCAGUCAUUAUGAACUUCGUAUUGUUAAUCCUAAUCUGCUACCUUGGUUACUGUUUGGAAAGAAGUAGAAAACUCUCUCAAAAGACUCUUAGUGAGAGGCUGAGAAAUCUGAAAUCAUCCCCGAUUUCCAGUACUAUAACCGAAGACAGUUGCUUGAAGCAGCAGACACCGCUGAUUGCUAAUAAAUGGAAAACUGAUGUCCCGGACGGUGGAGAGCACUGUGCAGUUUGAUAAAAGAGCAGUUUCGUUCUUAUUCUACUUCAGAUUUAUCAUUAAAAUGGUUUUCCCUGAAGGGGAAAACGCUGAUUUAUUAUACUCUGUCACAAACAGACCACAAAAAAAUAUAAGCAAGUCACCUGCCGAAAAUAUUUCGUACAUCAGAAAAAUAAGUGGUGAAAAUAUCAAGCAACAAAAUGUAAUAUGGCGACCUGGCAUCUCCUCAUCGACCUGCAGGACAAUAUUUCCCAGUUUAGGGAGGAAAAUAAGGAGCGUUUUAUAUCGAAGGAACCAAUUACCUGUUUUGUAAUUACUGACUCUGCUUGUUAUUGAAGAGCACAAAUAAGCUACAUUUUUUGGAAGCUGUCAUUUUUUUUUCAGAGCGGUAGCGUGAUUAGGCCCCAGUAAAGUUAAACUGUUUUUAAAUUCGCAGCAGUGCCUUUUGUGGAGCUUUUACUUUUAUGACAGAGGAGUGAUCGAUAGAUAGAUAGAUAGAGAGAUAAAGCAUUUCUAAACAGGAUCUGAAAGGAUCCAGCAAGCAACUUGUUGCUCGCAAAUGAAGACGGACUUUUUCCUUGGCAUACACGCAUUACAAGAACUAGCCAUGAAACAGUAUAUUCUUGAACUCUGUAUCGAAAGCGAAUAUUGAUCUGAACUGACUGGCGAUUAUAGAUUUACUCUGCACGGAAACAGAUGGCUCUGUGUGUUCUGGAGUUAUUUUUUCAUGCCAGAUCUUACAAAAGCCUCGUUAGUGCACUAACAAAAGCCAUUCCCUGCCGUGAAUGGCCAGGGAGUUUUUCAAAGAAGUUUCUCAAAGGAAUGGUUGCCAUUCAAGUGGCAGCCAGUCUUUAAAACGAAAAUCUUACAUAGCUUCCAAAAGACUUGGAUUAUUUGUGCUCUUCAGUAACAAGCAGUCAGUAUUUUCAAAACUGGUAAUUGGUUUCCUAGGUAUAAAACGCUUAUAUUUCUCUCUUAUUUUCGCCCCCAUAGACAACUGGCUUCCAUUCUUUAACACAUGGCUAGCUCCUCCCACAAGCUGUAUUUUUAGACAUGAAAAAAGGAAAGUAAGGUCAGCAUCAUCAGCAAAAUAUUUGAUGAUGGAUUGAGGAUGGGGGCGGGGGCGGGGGGGGUGCCUCCAAUGGCACAUAUCAUCAAAAAGAUGCAGAAUUCAAAAGGAUAUGAAAGAUUUUAACUCAAUGUUAUGAUGAAGCAUAUAAGUGAAUAAAACUCAAGGGCCAUAUGCAUCCAUUGUGAUUCAGACAGACUCAACCAGGUGCUUUAUCAGAGGAACGACCAAUCAGGGAGAUGCUGUAGACUUCUCUUCAACUAGCAAUCAUCAGGUGGCCUUGUCCUUAGCAAUACCUCAAGUCAUCAAACUUAUUUUCAAAAGGUUGGAUAGCGUGGACAACAUAGUUUUUAUGGCAAUAGAAAGAUCCAAAGUAAUACUCUUGUAUAGAGUGACGAAAUGUACUUGUAAAAAUAUGCACAGAGCUUAAAGCUUUCGUUCAUCUUUCUGUGGACUUGUUUAUAUAUUUCAUGGUUUUCUAUCAUUCUAAGUUAUCUUCCUUCAUAAAUCGUUCUUGCUGUACUUGCUUACGCAAGCGCAGAAAAGAGGCACUUAUCAAAGCCAGUGGGCUCAAUUUGAAAAAGUAAGUCAAAGAACUUUGACUAGCUUCUUUCUUUUUUUUAUCAUUGUUACAAAUUCAUUUUCUUCCCACUGUGAAACUGUUAAGGGUGACAGGUUCAGUGAUGACGAGCAACAAGCUUGUUCAAGAAUCUCAACGGCCAAAGGAAAAAUUUGAGAAAAUUUAGCAUAUUAAUUUCAUAAGAAGAAAGGGCAGAGAUUUUCUCAGUUUGUGAAAGCCUGUCAAAUAAACUAUCUUCAGGAAACCUCCAAAUUGCAAGCAAGACGGAUGCAAAGAUUCAAUUUUCACAGUCUGAAAGAUUGUGAACAAACAAUUCCCAUAAAAACGUUCAGAUUACAGGAUAAAAUGUGUGUCAAGAUUUUUAGAAAGUUUGGAAGAUUGUGAGAAAAAAGGACGUUCGGAUUCCAAAGCCAGUUCAAUAAAUAACCUUGAAUCAUGAACCAGCUCCACAAUUACACUUAUACUUCUCAGUUAACUGACUGAUUGACUGAUUUAUUACUGAAUUCUAUAAAUGCCGUUCAAAAGUACAAUGAUUCUACAUUGCAUGAAAAGAUUGAUAAGUAACUCUGUCUACAGAACACUGUAAAUAUUUUAUGGAGUAUUAUAUAAAGCUUAUGUACAUAUAUAUUCAAGUGUAUAUGUAGUAUAUUUAUACGAGACACUAGCAAAAUAGCCGGCAAAUACUGGAAGACAUGGUUCUUCCUCUCUUUUAAAGUUGUUGUCAUCACUACUCGGAAAGAAACAGAGAAAAACAAAUCUUGCAAUUGAAAUAAAACAGUGAAAGUAGCUUGUACAGGAAAGCAACAACAGCAGAGAAUAUAUGACUGAAUACAAGGAUUUAGUUAGUAAUGUAUUAACACAAAGAAAAAUUCGGUAAGUGAUAUUGUGAACCCUAAAUGGACGGAUACCCUCACCUGAGUAGUAAUAAUAACUUUUGGGUGGUGGACGGAUUCACUCAUGCUGAUUAACAAUACUAAGCGCCAUCGAUUUUCGGGUGGGUUGGUAAGUGCUAUUACUUCUAUACCCCAUAAAUUCACUAAUGGCAAUUUUAGACUGUCUAAGAUGAGAGACUGGGCAGCUCAGAAGUUUAAUUGUGAUCUUGGCUUAAAGGGAGGAUGUACUGCCUCUCUGUCUCACAUGACAUCUUUUUGUAAAUUUGCUCAUAAAUAUUACCAUGGGGUUGCUGUUGGUUUUAGUUCUUAUCUUUUAUGAUAGUAUGUCAAUUAUAAAUGUAAUUUUGCACAGAGAAGUACAAAGAAAUAUUGGAAAAAACAUGUAUAAAUCCAAAAAAAGUUAUUGCAUAUUCGUUCUCUGUAAAUUUAUGUAAAUAUUUUUACGACAUAUAUGCACAGUAUUUGUUACUGAUUUUAUUUGUUAUCUAUUUUGACAUUGAGUGAUCUGUAAUUAUAAUUUUACAAAAUAAAAUAAAUUUAUCUAUUAGAAAAAACGUGCAUAACUUGCUAAAAUUUACGAUUGUCUUGUAAAAGAAGCCCCACAACGGGUUGUAAAUGGUCAUUUUCAACUUCACGUGGAAGUUAGGGAAAAUAUCUAAGAAUCUUUUUUCUUACACCGUGUGCAUCUGCAUAUCUUACUCUUUCUAUUGAUGUAUUUUUUUUCUUAAAUUGGCCGACUUCAAAGUUUCCCCGACCUGGGGUGUUGCACAUUGAUUUUUUACCCCGGCUCCUAAGUUAAGAAGGCACUGCUAAAUUUACUUGAUAAUCAGUUCAAAUAUUUAUGUAAGUAUAGAAUUCCCUGGAAAACGCCAAAUAAUAAAGAAGUAUUCUGGAUCAUAUGUUGUUAAACAUCUUGUAGAUGAUGCAUGAUAUAUUCAUCUUUUAUACAUUCAAAAUUAUAAUGACAUGGUUUCUUUAAGAUAUUGUCUCGGAGAUAUGAAUCAUUCAAAAUUUAUUGCCUGGCUAACUGAUAUCACCAAAAUUAAAUAAUGAGAUUACGUUAAUUGGUGAUCCUCUUUCUCUCUAUACACACACACACACACACACACACACACACACACACACACACACACACACACAUAUAUAUAUAUAUAUAUAUAUAUAUAUAUAUAUAUAUAU